AUGACUUUUGAAGAGAAAAGUUCACCUGAGAAUAAGGGAUUCAAUGAUUCCGACAUAUUUUUGACGCCUUCAAAGAAGCAUGUUAGUCUCUCCGCAACACCUUCGCAUCGUCAAUCACCCUUUGAUUUGACACUUUCACCUAAUAAAUCGCCCAGUAAAAGAGGUGUAAUAAAGUUAGAGAAAACAGCAGAUGACAUAGUUUUAUUUUCACCAGUAAAAACUCCCAAUGGUAGGGCUGGUUUACCGUCACCUAAAAAGAGAACAAUAGCAGAAUUGGAUAAGUCGGCAAGGAAAAGGGCCAUACUGACGAGUGGUAUAUAUUCCAAGUUGAUGGAUGAUGAUUUGGAGGAAAAUAAUAAUGAAUACCUAGACAGGCAGGAAGUAUCGUUGGCAGAGGCAAUCAUAAAAGAAUCUAGAGAUAAUAAACAGGAAGAUGUAGAUGAAUAUUUUAGGGCCUACGGUAGUGAUGUAGAAUUGGAGGAGGAUUUAACCGUCAAUAAAAAGCCUAAGCGUAGAGGAAGAAAGCCUAAGAAGGAAGUAAAAGUUGAAGAGGAUGAUGAAAUAGAUGACGAAGAUAUCGAAAUAGAAGAUGACGGAGAAUUAGAAGAUGACGACGACGAAGAAUUCAAGCUUCCAAAGAAAGAAAGGAAAGCAAAAAAUAAGCGCAUAAUAAGGGAAGUGAGUGAUAUAGAUGAUAUUUCAGAGGAAGAUGAAGCAGAAAAGGAAAUUUUACCCAAGAGACAAAAGAUAACUGCGAGCCCAUUUGCAGUUACUCUGGUAGAUGAGGCUAUAUCUCCUAGUAAGAGGAAGGUUGGAAGACCUAGCAAAGCAAGUAAAGUGAUUGGUAAAAUUAAAAGUAUUUUUCAAAUGGACGAUGAAGCAUUUUUCACGGAGAAUAAACAAGCUACGAAUAGAAUUAAGGAAAAUGCCGACACUAGUGAUGUUACUAAAGAUUCGGACUCCUUCUUUUCAAUGACUUUAGAUAAUGUAACGCAGAGCAGUAUUGUUUCUGUGCCAACAGUAAGUGGUAUACCGAACACUAAGGAAGGUAAAAGAAAGGUAGAAGUGGCGACUGUCGAUUCAAAUAAAUUCAUUCCAUUACCAAUACCUAACAUAAACGAAGAAGGAGAAAUUGAAGACGAAGAAUACGUUAAAAAAUAUCUACCUAAUGUGAAUAUAGAAGAAAAAUAUUCAGGUAGGCUUAUCGACGAACGAGCUUUUUUCCUUGAUGGAACUGAAGGUUAUUUCGAACAACAUAUGGGUAGACCGAAAGCUAGUGCUAACUCAUUAUCACAAUUAGCGCCUCCAUUAGAAUACGAUGAGUUUAUACCAUAUGUCGAAUUGAGUAAAUUGAUACGUUCAAAGGAGAAGAAUAAACUAAACGACUUACACAAAUCAUUAUACCAUCAAUGGUGUUUUGAAUUAACUUGCGGAUUUAGCUUGAAUUUCUAUGGCGUUGGAUCAAAAAUUAAAUUAAUUGGCGACUUUGUUCAAAAUUAUCUUGUUGAUUGGUACGAGCAAAAUAUGCAAGAGGAUGAGGAGUAUCCGGAUAUAUUGGUUGUAAAUGGAUAUAAUCCUGCGGUGAAGUUUAAGAAAGUAGCCCAUGACAUUUUGUCGGUAUUUAUCUCCCAGGAAAAAAAGAAACAGGACAAUGUGAAGUUUCCCAAGCAUAUAUCUGAAACGAUUCCAUUUCUUAUGAAAUAUGUCGAAGAUCGUCGUGUCCAUCGGCCAGGUCAAUUCAUUAAGCCUAAGUUGAUAUUGGUUAUUCACAAUAUUGAUGGUAAACCCUUUCUUAAUGAAAGAACCCAAAGUUUACUCUCUCAAUUAUGCUCUAUUCCAGAGAUAUGGCUAAUUUCUUCUACUGACAACAUAAACGUCUCCUUACUUUGGGAUCUGUUCAAAUUGAAAAGUUUCAACUUUUUAUGGCACGAUUUGACAACAUACGAGCCUUACACAGUUGAGAUGUCUUUUAGAGACGUUUUGAGUAUGGGCAAAUCGAAGAAGUUCGUCGGCAACAAAGGUGCCAAGUAUGUCUUGAGUUCACUUACGAAGAAUGCUAGAAAUCUCUACAAAAUAUUGCUUACCAAACAGUUGGAAAUUAUGAGAAAUACCACUACUACUAAGGCAGGUCGUAAUGGCCUAAAAGGUUCUAUAAAGCUUGGUAUCGAGUUCAAACAACUUUACAAUACAUGUUUAGAAGAAUUCGUUACUUCAAAUGAAAUAAGUUUCAGAACUAUGCUUGGAGAGUUCGUCGAACACAAGAUGUGUAGUGCCGUUAAAGAUGAAGCUGGUGUGGAAAUGGUAUUCGUCCCUUUCAACUUCGACGAAAUGGAAAAGUUGCUUGCCGAAGAAUUUGCAUCUAAUGAAAUGUAA